GAAGUUGCAUACCAACAUGCAAGCAAUGUACCACCCGACACGACGUAUUCUCAUUUUGACACGUCUUUAUCAUCCAAACUGCAUUUUAGUACCAUAAAGACCACAUUUUGGGACCAUUUGACAAAUGCCUGGGUUGUAGAAUACAAUAUUCAAAAGCAUCCUUAUUUUACUCAAAUCCAACCCACACAGUCCACUUCACACCACUAUCACAGACAGACGUUUCACAGUCACAAGGUACUCUACAUCUAUCAGCCUACAAAUCAUGCAGCUCUGUAACUGCUAGUACCUCCCUGUAUACCUGGAUAUCCUGCUCGUUUGUCCCCGUCUCUGUAGCCCAAUAAGGAGCCUGGGGGAGGACGGCUCAUAAUAAUAAUGUCUGGAACGGAGCRAACGGAAUGAUACCAUUCCAUUGAUUCUGCUCCAGCCAUUACCMCGAGCCUGUCCUCCCCAAUCAAGGUGCCACCAACCUCCUGUAGAUUAUAUCUGAUAGGGCUGGGCUUGAAUGACUGAUGAGGCUGUGUGUCUGUGUCUGGAUACAAGAUGUAAUUCGGCCUGUUUCUCUCUGUUUUCACCUCUUCUAUAGGAGGAGUGAGGAGCAGCAUGGAAAUAAAUGGGUACGCACUGGUCUGUUUGAUGUCCUAGCUGAUCUGUUUUACUGAAGUGGCAUUGAUUGAGGAUAAUGCUUUGGCUAAUGGCUAUUAUGGACGUCAUGUAAGAUGUUGGCUGGCGAAGUCUGUAAAGCUCKCUUUGAAAAGGAAGAGCCUAAAACCGUGCGAGGGAAACCGUCGCUGGUGCCCRUCCGUGAUGCAKUUGUUUGUGUGUAAUGACUACUAGGUACACAUCCAAGUCAUCUUCCAUGCAUUGAUCUUACCAGUAGCCUUUAUAAACAUAUACGUUUAACAGUGCAGAUGAGUCUUGCAGCCAAGCCAGAGUUCAUACAUACACGCAUGGAMAAUUUWAAAAGGGACACUCCCAGUCUGUCCCRAACCAAGCCACAAACAGCCAUUUCCUCCCACGGUGCMCUAUAUAACAUUUAUAAUACAAUCAUCGUCAGCCAUGUUUGUAUGGAAACAACAGAUGUUCACUGGCUGCUUAUGUCAUAGAAARAAGGAACCAGCUCUGUGGUCUUCUGGCCCCACUGAUCUGCCCUUUUCUCUUCCCMCCUUUCUAGGCCCAGUCCGGUUGGAAGUUGCCUCMUURCAGCYUCUGCCUUUUAUACAUGCUUUCGCAGACUUGGCCCUCAGCCCAUUGGUGUCUAGGCUCGAAUGUUGAGUAAACGUUGUGUAUUCUCAUGUGUGCCUGUUUAGGAUGGACUCUCUUGGGUGUUGCCCUCUGCUGGUAAAUUGUAUUACUAUGCUGUUAUCAGAAAACAGCAUCCUGAGGACAGAUGUGGCUGUGCAGCAUUGCGCUGUAUAGACGCUGCUGCAUAUGGUAUUGAUCUAUAUUUUGGACGGUCAGAUGGCCACAGGUAGAUUUCACAUGUCAAACCUCAUGACAAAUUGUUUUUUUAGGAAGCGAUCAACAUUUUAUGGAAUCGAAAUUGAAAUUCGAUAUUUUCCCAUGUUUUUUUCAGGUAAUCUUCCUGAUCCUGAAGACUGGCUGUCCGACCCAACGGGCAGUGAAGYCACCUACCUCCCAGACUGCAAUCAGGAACGUUCGGGAAUCUGCAACAUCUCCGACACCUGGGCGCCGCCUACCACCUCUGACGUCCUCCCCACUGUCAACACCCCCUCCACCAACCAAUCAAAUAACCCCUUCCUGAUUCUGGCCCGGCCCAUGUUCGUAUCCCUGCAUUCUGAUUGGAACAGCGCCAUGGCCGCCUGGGGGUUAGCCUGGGAUGCACACGUGUACGGUCUGGGCUCCAUCUUCGCCAUGGUGACCCUGGCCUCGGCACUCAACCUGCUGUGCCUGCCCCUGCGCUGCCCUUCCGGCUGUGGCUACUUCGCCCUGGUCAGCGUCUUCCUCCUGGCUGCAGGGUGUACCAGGGCUUUCUCCCUCCUCUACGAUGCCUACGGCCACCAGGACCGGCUGCCCUCCACCGAGGCCUCCCUGCUGCUCUAUGAAGCCCCAUUCCCCUGCCUGACUGCAGCCUUCGGCCUGGUCUUCCUGCUCCUCUCCAUGCGCUCCAGGAUGCAGCUAUCCUACUCAGCCUUCCAGAGACCCUGUUUCCUGGCCUGUCUGGUGUUGCUGCACUUCGCAGCAGCUUUCGGUCCCRUCGCACUGCUGAGGCUCUACCARAGGAGGGYGCCCUUCUGCCUCUUCAUCUCGCUCAUCUCCCGGGGAGCGUUUGUGGCGCUGGUUUCUUUUCUAUCGGUCGCCUAUUUUGUGUUCUUCUGCUACGUACGGGCGGACUCAAAGCACAUUUACCACCUGAAUAACACYUCGCCCACGCCAGCUGAGCGAUACAACCGCUGUCCAUUCGCAGAGAGCAGGGACUGGGACCGUGCGGCUGSRACAGUGUGCCUUUCGGCUCUGUUCUGCCUGGCAUGCGCCGGGCUGCAGCUGUACGCCAUGCUCCACUCKCUGGGGCUCGCCGGAGGAGCAGAUGUGUUCCGCCCCUGGCCUUGGUGGACCUUCCAGCUCAGCUGCAGGGUUUGUGAGGCCGGAGUUUGUCUCACCCUAGCCCUGGUGGUGGCCCAGCCAAUCUACUGCUCUGACCACCUUCCCCAGCCUGGAAGCUGCUGGACGGAGCUGCUGGCGAUCAAGUCGCCCAUUAUGCCGGGAACCUACCAGUGGACCCUGAGCCAGCAGGAGAAGCUGGCCAUCUGCGACAUUGGGCACGGGGAGACAGAGUGCCUGCCCCUCUACACRCUGGUGGAUGAAAGGCUAGGCAGCAGCUUGAACGGCCUGGACCUCCUGUACCACAGCAACCGGGCCUUGGCUUACAGAGACCUGGACCUGAAUUUGGAUCUGCCUGGCUCCAGCAAGCCCGAGGACAGGGGUGGUGGAGAGGCGUCCGGGGGUUCCUCCUUCACCAGCGACUCCACGGCUGACCUGCGGCCGCCAUCGCCCAUCAACCUGCGCCGUAGUAUUGACGAGGCACUCUUCAGCGAGGACCUCUUUCCCAUAAGCCUCUUCAGACCGUCCAUACCCUUUUGCUGCAGUGACCUGUCACUCAACAUCCCCUACUCCACGUCCACCCUGCCCAAUGGUGGCCAGGUGCUUCGAGAGACCCUCUCAGCCGAUCCAGGCCUGUACCGGACGACCUCCUGCGUGGAGAUGGUCCCUCCGCCCCCAACCCCUCUACCAAACCAACCUAUGGCGGGAGACACCAUCCUGGGUGCUCCACCAUCUCCCUCCCUGUCCUCCAACUCCAGCUGCUCUUCCCCAGAACGCUGGAGGGGAAGUUCCUCCUCCUGCUCCCUGUACAGACCCUCACUASGGGGGUCCUCUCUGGUCCUCUGUUCCAGCCCAGAGGGGCACGCCCAAYCCCCAUCCCUAGGCGKYAGCUCAAGCCGCAUUACAGCCUCCAGYCACCAGGGCUCACACAUGCAGAGACACUAUCGCACACUGGGGUCAGCCUCACAGGAGAGUCUUGACCUAGAGUCUGAAGCGGACCGGUCCGUACAAGAGGAGUUCAUCAAUGUCUGCAGACAGAUUGAUGCGAUGAGCAUCUGCAGUGAGACAAUUGACCUGUAGGCAGAGCUCUCAACAGUCAAGGGCUAAAGACUGAGGACUGGACUGAAAUAAGGUGUUGUGAAGAAGGAUUCAAGAUGGCGUCACAAUCUGUAAGGAGCAACGAGCUAGGCUUCAUUGUCAAGAAAGGUAAAAUAGUGCCAAAUGUUUGAGUAAAUGAACUGAAGGUUUGUUUGAGAAUGUUGACAAGAGUCUUUUAAGUGGCACAGAAUGCCACAUGCCAAGGAGAAAUUUGUGACAUUUUUUCCCCAUUUGCUAUUGGAUGAUGAAGUUUGAUACGUUAAUAAAAGUUGCGUUUUCCUGUACAUUUCAAGAGGGGAACAGGAAAGCAAAAUACAUUUGUACAAAACGUUUUGCAUUCAAAUAAAUAAUACUGUGAUUGAAAUAAGCACUUAAUAAACGACUACUGAAAUCUUAUUUUAACAUUUUAGCAUACUCUUAUCCAGAUUGUGAGUGCAUACUUUUUCUUCUUCUCCAUACUGGUCCCCCGUGGGAAUCAAACCCUGGUGUUGCAAGCACCAUGYUCUACCAACUGAGCUACACGGGACUUAUAAAACAAAUGUACUUYACAUUUUCAUAGAGUAAGAUUGUUAUUCAAUGCCAAGUUGUUUCAAUUCAGUAAAAUAUAUUGUUUGUGAGCCUCUACAUCAAGAWUUAGACAUGUUAGAGAUGUGCUUUAAGAUCCAUCCAAUAAAGGAAAGCUUGAUUUGAACUAACAGCAACAUUGUAGUGGAGCAGCAGUGAACUAUACUGGUAGRAUAGCGCCGAUACUAUUGUGCUUUAACUUCUGACUGACACACAGUACAUUUUAUAUGAGCCGCUUAAUAUUUUAUUAAUGUUUAAAAAAACUUUACUCAAAACAUGRUUAAAUAAAGAGAAAUGUCAACAUUUAA